AAAAUUAAUAUAAUAAGACAGAAAAAAAUAAUAUAUCAAGAAGAUUGGGUGAGUUAAUGAUAUCAUUAAUGGUAUCCAUACAAGUGAUUUUGGGUUACAUUCAAAGCUUUUUAUUGCGAACCUGUUUUAGUGUCAUGCAAUAAUUCGCUGCGUCUGUGUGUGUUGUAAUGAUAUACUAAGUCAUGAUUGGAGUAAUUUUUUUAGAAAAAAAUAAAAAUAGAAAUAAAAGAUAGAAUUUAAGGAAAGUAUCCCAUUAAUAAAAGCUGAAAAGAAGAAAACCAGAUCCACCUCGAACCUCCCUCCACUCUCUCUCUCUCUCUCUCUCUCUCUCUCUCUGUGUCUGUGAUUCUGACCUCGAAUCCAAACUCGAGAAGGGACGCGAUCUUUUUCCUCUUGGAUUUCUUGUGCUUUUUGCGGCAGAGUUAGGAGCUGUUUGUCCAAAUUUGGAUUUGGAUUUGGAUUUGUUGCUUUUAAAUUAUAGUUGUAAUAAUUAUAACUUGUGAAUAAUAAUGAGGGAAGAAGACUCAAAUUGGUUCACAAGAUGGGAGGAAGAGCUGCCAUCCCCGGAGGAGCUGAUGCCUCUUUCCCAAACCCUAAUUACUCCUGAUCUUGCUCUCGCCUUCGACAUUCGAAACCCAAGCCACCACCCCCAACAACAACUGCAACCGCCGCCUCACCCUCCUCCUCCACCCUCAGCCCUGCAGCCUCCUUCCCAACCCACCUCGGUCGAAUUCGCCGCCGAUUCCGGGGACUUGGGGUCCGGGGCUGCCGGAGAUGAGCCUGCACGCACUCUCAAGCGGCCUCGCCUUGUCUGGACCCCACAACUCCACAAGAGAUUCGUUGAUGCUGUGGCUCAUUUGGGGAUUAAGAACGCUGUCCCGAAGACCAUAAUGCAGUUGAUGAGUGUUGAUGGUUUGACCAGAGAAAACGUUGCUAGUCAUUUGCAGAAAUAUCGCCUUUAUUUGAAGAGAAUGCAAGGUUUAUCUGGUGGGGGAGGUAGUGGUGGUGCUGGUGCCAACGGCGGAGCAGGGGCUGCCGGAUUGGGGGCCACUGCUGAUCCAGCUACUGACCAUUUGUUUGCAAGCUCACCGAUUCCACCGCACUUUCUUCAUCCUGGUAGGGGUAAUUCAGAACAUUUCUUGCCGUUUGUGCCAAUGCCGGCACUGCAGCAUCACCAGCAGCAGCAGAUAGUGGCAGCAGCAGUAGGACAUCCGCAUUUGCAGACUCAGUAUCAUAGGCAAAUGGGGCAUUUUGGGUCAUCACCAAAUGGCCAAUUCGAGCAUCCCUUCUUAGGCAGGCAGACGCAGCAGCCAAUGCAUAGGAUGGGAGGUGCACCCGUGCAUAAUCAAGUUCCCAAUAGUUAUGUGGAAGAUUUGGAAUCUGCCAAUGGAAAUGGUGGAAGGAAGGUUCUUACUUUAUUUCCAACUGGGGAUGAUUGAUUCAAAAGUUGGGUAAUUAUUGCGACUCCAUUUUCGACAUUCAACUUUUCUUCUUUAUUUUGAUUAGUCCUUUUGUUCGAGUUUCAUCAUAUAGAGUCUUGGUGGGUAGUCAUUUGUCUUUUUGGCUUCUUUCUUUUAGUCAUAAUGAGGGUGUGGUGGUAAUUGGCAAUGGUUUUCAAUUUUAAUCUGAAUUUUCAUCUUUAGCUGGUGGGGAGUGUACUUUUAAUCUGGUCCUUUUUCUUACUACACUCCGUGAGCCAUUAGAGUCGGUUGUAGUGUCAGUUCUUUUAUAAUUUUCAGUUCCUCAGACUUCUACGCCUGUAGUUAAGUUGUCAGCGGCAGUCUGUGAUCUCAGUCAGCUUCCAGUGACGGGUGUUGAUAGUGAUGUCACUCCAAGCGACAAUAAGUUCCUAAGCUUAUCAAUGCUUACAAUUACUUUGGUCUGGUGGUUUUGAGUUAAGGUUGCUUAGAGGUUGUCUUACCCAAUGGUUGUCUGGAGAGUCAGCUCAGUUUACUUAAAUUUUGAGUCAGCUUGCCAGGGAGGUCUUUAAGGUUUCAGCCAUGAAGGUGGUUUUGAGGCAACAUUGCUAAAUUUUGAUAUUGCAGGUGGGAAAAAAAA